AUGGUGCAGUCGUUGGGCUUUGCCGUGUACCGGGCGCUGGACUGGGGACUGGAUGAGAACGAGGAGCGGGAGCUGAGCCCGCGCCUGGAGCAGCUCAUCGACCUGAUGACCAACAGCGACUCCGAGGACAGCGGCUGCGCCACGGCCGACGAGGGCUAUGGGGGGCAGGAUGAGGAGGAGGAGGGCGGCGAGGGGCAGCCUCGCUCCGUGCGCACCUUCGGCCAGGCCAUGCGCUGCUGUGCCGCCCGCCUGGCCGACCCCGCCGGCGCCCCCGCGCACUACCAGGCUGUGUGCCGAGCCCUCUUCGCUGAGACCGUGGAGCUCAUGGCCUUCCUCGCCAAGAUCCGCGACGCCAAGGAGCUGCUGCAGAAGCUGAAGGAGGAUGAGGAAGAGGAGGAGCGGCCGGCGGCGGAGCUGGGCAACCUGCGCAACACAGACUGGGCCCGGCUGUGGGUGCAGCUGAUGCGGGAGCUGCGGCACGGUGUGAAGCUGAAGAAGGUGCAGGAGAAGCAGUUCAACCCUCUGCCCACCGAGUAUCAGCUCACGCCCUUUGAGAUGCUCAUGCAGGACAUCCGUGCCCGUAACUACAAACUCCGCAAGGUCAUGGUGGAUGGAGACAUCCCCCCCCGGGUGAAGAAAGAUGCCCACGAGCUCAUACUGGACUUCAUCCGCUCCCGGCCCCCCCUGAAGCAGGCAUCAGAGCGGCGGCUGCGGCCGCUGCCCCAGAAGCAGAGGACGCUCCACGAGAAGAUCCUGGAGGAGAUCAGGCAGGAGCGGAAGCUGCGGCCCGUGGAGCAGAAAGGAUACAGCUCCCUGCCCUGCAUCCCCCACGCCUGCGCCGGCCGCCUGAGCUCCAGCUCCUGCCUCGAGCUGUCCCUGUGCCCGGCCAGCGCCGUCCCCGCGCGCCCGCGGCCUCGCGUCCUGCUCAAGGCACCCACCCUGGCCGAGAUGGAGGAGAUGAACCUCUCUGAGGAUGAGGACUCUCCAGGCACGGAGGUGCCGCUGAAGCGGGAUCGCUCCUUCUCGGAGCAGGACCUGGCACAGCUGCAGAGCCAGCUGGGGGGGGACCAGGCUGUGCCCCGGGACCCAGAGCCACUGCAGCCCGAGCCCCGGCCCCGCUCAGGCUCUGUCCCUGCCAGCUGCCACCCGCUGCCAGAUGGCCCAGCCCUGCCCCGGGCUGCCCUCGGCGCUGUGGAGGAGAGGCCAGAGGAUGGAUCCAGUGCUGCCCCCGCCAGCAGCUCCAAGCACCUCUGGCUGGAGUUCAGCCACCCCGUGGAGAGCCUGGCCCUGACAGUGGAGGAGAUGAUCAACGUGCGCAGGGUGCUGGUCAAGGCUGAGAUGGAGAAGUUCCUGCAGAGCAAGGAGCUGUACAGCAGCCUGCGGAGGGGGAAGGUCUGCUGCUGCUGCAGGGCCAAGUUUCCUCUCUUCUCCUGGCCCACGUCGUGUUUCUUCUGCAAGCGGUCUGUCUGUAGCUCCUGCAGUCUAAAGAUGAAGAUGCCUUCCAAGAAGCUGGCCCACAUCCCCGUCUACGCGCUGGGCUUCGAGAGCCUGCCGGGCUCGCUGCUGCCCAAGGCGCCGCCGCUGCGCCGGAGGGAGCCCUUCCACUCGCUCUCGGGGCCGUGCUGGCGCCGGGUGGAGGAGGAAUUCCCCCACAUCUACGCCCAGGGCUCGGUCCUGCGCGACGUCUGCUCGGACUGCGCCGGUUUCGUGACGGACGUGGUGAGCUCCAGCCGCCGCAGCGUGGCCGUGCUCAACGCCAGCGCUGCGAACCGGCGCCACGCCAAGGCGCGCUCCCUCUACAGCGACGCGUGGCUCCCGUGAAGGACGGGCCGGGAGCCCCGGUGACGGUCGCCGCGGGGGUGCCGGUCACCCCGGCCGGCACAGCCCCCCGAUGUACAUAUAUACAUAGGAUGGAUACACACAGCUUCUAUAUUUAUAUACGUUAUGGACCAAGGGGCGAAAGGACCCGUUCCCGCUGUCCCUGCCAUCCCCUCGUGUCCCUGCCGCCAGCCCCCGAGGGGAUGGAUCCUGCCGUGGGACACCCGCAGCCCCCGGGAGGACGGAUCCCGCUGCGGGGCGGCUCUUGGGGGAUGGAUCCUGCCGUGGGACACCCGCAGCCCCUGCGUUCCCCGCUUCUGUGCCAAGCCCUGGCUGUGCCGGGGUGCCCGGUGCCCUGGGCUGGCAUGGCUGUUCUGUACGUCCCCUCCAUAAUAAACCUGC